AUGGCGGCCCUAGCUGAGGUCCCAUGGUUAGAUGAUGAUGUGCGACCACCACCCCCUGAUGCAGAUGACAGAGAGAUUACCAUUCCUUGGGGUGGUUGGGUGCACGAGAGGCCCCCUGCUAGACGUCGUUCUAGGGCUAGAGCUGUAGUGGGGACACCUUCACCAUCAGCCCCUACAGCAGCCCCAUCCUCCUCUACUACCGCAGCCCCCUCGUCAUCUACAGUUCCACCAGCAGCACCUGAGCCUACCUACUUACUGGUCCAGCGUCUAUUCCGAUUCCUAGAGCGUGAGAGACGCCAUGUCAGACGCCGAUUAGAUCGGAUGGACCAGGCACUUAUUUCCCUGGGUGCUAAGUUACCUCCGCUCCCCGAUUCUCCGGCCUCCGAUGAGCAGGAUCAUCAGGAGGAGGAUGCGGAGGCACCGACUCAGCAGGAUGCUCCUCCGGAUGCCCCAGACACUACAAAGACAGCUCAGACUCAUGAGGAGCCGGUACCACACCCACAGCCAGAGCCAGAGCCUACCGUUGUACCUUCCACUGAUCCUCCGGUUUAG